AUGCAUUUCGAAUGCUUGAACUAUACCCCCGGAAAGGUUAAGGACAUCCGAGCGGGAAUCAUCAAGGUGACCUGCCCAUGCCCCGACUGUAAGACCACCGAGCCGAAGGAGUAUCGAACGGACCAGCCGUUCAGUUGCACCAACAUGCAAUGCCCCGCCAACCGUCCGGCCAAGUGCGACAACAAGGAGUGCCCGUCGAACAAGUCCCCGGACAAGAUAAACCAGACGUCGACGAACAUAAUCCCCUCCUGCCCGCUACAGAAGUGCGGCAAUGAGUGCAAGAGGAACAGUUUCCCCCAAAUACCGAGCGCGCCCACGCCACCCGUGAGUAAGCCUUGCGCUCCGACCUCAGUUUCCGCGGUGAGCAGCGAGCCGGCGCAGAGUACCUUGGAGGACCCGUCGGGCGACGUGAUGAAGCAGGCGCGUGCCGAUCUAUCCUCGCUGGGUACCCUCCAGCAGAUGUGCAGGACCGUCGGCCAGUUGGCGAAUCAGAUUAAUCAUUUGAUGAACAAAAUGAAGCAGGUGGUGAGCGACCCGGAUAGCUCGGCUCCAAAGAAAGAAAAGAAAGGGUCCAUGAGUACGCCGCCGACAAAACCGAACUGCCCAAAGCCCUGCCACUGCCCCGGCAAUCCCAAUCGGAAGAAA